AUGUGGCCGGCUACUUUUGGAGACCACCUCUCGCCUGCACACCUGCCCCAGCACCAGCAUGGGACUGUGACAAUUACCCACUGCGCCCUCUUAUGGUGGAUUCUCUGCUCAUGCUGGUCCUUCACCAAAGCCACGAGCCAAAAGUUCUACCCCACUGUGACCACUCAGUUUGGGAAGUUAAGGGGACUCCGGGUCCCAGUGCCCAGUGAGGUGCUCAGGCCUGUCGACCAGUAUCUGGGGGUCCCAUAUGCUGCUCCACCCAUCGGAGAGAAGCGGUUUAUGCCCCCAGAACAGCCCUCCUCCUGGUCAGGAAUCAGAAACGCCACACACUUCAUGCCCGUCUGUCCCCAAAACAUCCACAAUACUGUACCUGAGAUCAUGAUGCCGAUAUGGUUUACUUACAACCUGGACAUAGUGGCCACCUACAUCCAGGACCAGAGCGAAGACUGUCUAUAUCUCAACAUCUACGCGCCCACAGAGGACGGACCACAUAAGAAAAAGGGCUCAUCACAUGCAGAAACACAUAUCUCUGAAGAUAUAAGGGACUCGGAAGCACGGCCGGUGAUGGUGUACAUCCACGGAGGCUCCUAUAUGGAGGGCACGGGUAACAUGAUGGAUGGGAGCGUCCUGGCUAGCUACGGGAAUGUUGUGGUCGUCACGCUCAACUACCGGAUCGGCAUAUUAGGUUUCCUUAGUACGGGGGACCAGGCAGCUAAAGGCAAUUACGGACUCUUGGACCAGAUUCAGGCCCUGCGCUGGAUCAGUAAAAACAUUGGUUAUUUUGGAGGAGACCCAAAUCGUAUAACCGUGUUUGGGUCUGGGAUAGGAGCGUCCUGUGUCAGUCUUCUAACUCUGUCACAUCACUCCGAAGGGCUGUUCCACCGAGCCAUCAUCCAGAGCGGCUCUGCUCUGUCCAGCUGGGCGGUCAACUACCAGCCGGUCAAAUACACGCGCAUGCUGGCAGAGAGGGUGGGCUGCAACGUGCUGGACACAGUGGACAUGGUGUCGUGUCUGCAGAAGAAGAGCGCCAAAGAGCUGGUGGAGCAGGACAUACAGCCGGCCCGGUACCGCGUGGCUUUCGGACCUGUCAUCGAUGGAGACGUGAUCCCGGAUGACCCCGAGAUCCUCAUGGAGCAGGGGGAGUUUCUGAACUACGACAUCAUGCUGGGGGUGAAUCAAGGGGAGGGGCUACGCUUCGUGGAGAAUGCCAUGGACUUGGAGGACGGCGUGUCUGGGAGCGACUUUGACUUUGCCGUGUCAGACUUUGUGGACAGUUUGUACGGGUAUCCUGAAGGUAAAGACACAUUACGAGAGACUAUUAAGUUCAUGUACACAGACUGGGCAGAUAAGGACAACCCCGAGACCAGGAGGAAGACCCUGGUGGCCCUCUUCACCGAUCAUCAGUGGGUGGAGCCUUCAGUGGUGACGGCUGAUCUCCACGCUCGCUAUGGUUCGCCUACUUACUUCUAUGCGUUCUAUCACCACUGUCAGAGCCUGAUGAAGCCCGUGUGGUCAGACUCAGCCCACGGGGACGAGGUGCCCUAUGUGUUCGGGAUCCCCAUGGUCGGCCCCACCGACCUGUUCCCCUGCAACUUCUCCAGGAACGACAUCAUGCUGAGCGCCGUUGUCAUGACCUACUGGACCAACUUCGCCAAGAGCGGGGAUCCUAAUAAACCAGUUCCCCAGGACACAAAGUUCAUCCACACAAAGGCCAACCGCUUUGAGGAAGUGGCCUGGUCCAAGUACGACCCGUACGACCAGCUUUAUCUUCACAUCGGGCUGAAACCUCGCAUUCGGGACCACUACCGUGCUACCAAGGUGGCCUUCUGGAAGCACCUGGUCCCCCACCUCUACAACCUCCACGACAUGUUCCACUACUCCUCCACCACCACCAAAGUCACCCCCCUGGACCCCACACAGGCCAACGGCAAGAGGGCGGGCAUGACGGGGCGCACCCCAGUGUCCACGUCUCAUAACGGUGACGGCAGCAGAGAAAUGGGCCCUCUCAUCAUGCCCAACCCGAGAGAUUACUCCACAGAGCUGAGCGUGACCAUCGCCGUGGGAGCGUCCCUGCUUUUCCUCAACGUCCUCGCCUUCGCCGCUCUCUACUACCGCAAGGACAAGCGCAGUCGGCAGGAUACGUCGCAGCAGCCCAGCCCGCAGCGAGACAGCAAGGGGAACAACGUGAGCCACACCAACACUGUGGAUGAGAGCUUGUCGUCCCAGCAGAGGAACCAGUGUGAGGCCCUGCACAACCCUAUCCAUGUGUCUCCCAGUCUGGACUACUCUCUGGGACAGCGCCGUUCCCCCGACGACAUACCGCUGAUGACGCCCAAUAACAUCACCAUGAUCCCCAACUCGCUCAUGGGUCUGUCCAGUAUGAGCCCCUACAGCACGUUCCCCGCCGGGUACAGCUCCACGGGUCUGCCCAGCACCCAUUCCACCACUCGGGUAUAA